AUGAGUCAGGAAACCAAUUCAAGUCCUCCAGAUAGUAAACUAAACGCUUUUCAUAAUGUGGAGGAGAGGCUACAGAGUGCUGGAACUGCAUUGCAACAAUCAUCAAAUGACGAGUUCGAAAUGCUGUCAAUGGAACCAAUAGACGCAGAAACUAAUUAUGAUGAGUUAACGAGUGGAACAACAAGACAGCAAUGGCUGUAUCUCCAGGAUUCUAACAUAGUAAUGAGACUUCUGCGGAAGAUUUGGUAUGGACCCCAAGUUCCUGAAGAUCUCCCACCGUCAUUUCCUGGAAAAUGGACGUUCUCCAGAAGGAUUGAUGAGUUUCCCAUUGCACGCUUUCGCAGACGAUUUCCACGCAGUAGCAUAAGAAUAACCUUCCUUUUGGUGUAUGUUGGCAUAUGGAGUGCACUUAUCAACUCUUGCAUUCAGUACUAUUAUAUCAUGCCGCCUACUUUUUACCAAGACGAUGGGACGCGGGUCCCCGUACGGACUAUGACAUGCCAGUCCACGUUGUUCUGGAAAGGCAAAAACAAUGAGUGCGGGACCGGUGCAUCACAGUGCUUGCCGUUUGACGACGAAGAAGUGUACAUACGGUGCCCAGCGCUGUGCGACCGCGGCGCCUGGACGUAUUCGGCAAUCAACGUCGGAGAUGAAAGAGUUAAGUACACAGGAUUUGAGAUAGGAGGAGGCGAGUCUCGAGAAGGCGACAAGCUUUCAUAUCCUUACAGGGGGGAUUCUUUCGCCUGUGGGGCAGCGGUCCAUGCUGGUGUCACUUCUCCGUUUGUGGGCGGCUGUAUCCGUGUGGGAAUGACGGGGGAGCAGGAACAUUUCGAAUCCAAAAAAGGACGCUACGGCACUGGCAUGUCGGUCGGUUUUGACUCAUUUUUCCCAUCUUCCUUCGAGUUUAGAAAACUGCUGAAUGGAUACAGUUCAAGGUGCUAUGAUCCUCGCAUUCCGGUUUUAGUCAUGAACAUUUUUAUGAGUCUACCAGUAUUUUACCUUUACGAGAGCAUAUAUGGUUACUGGAUCCUAACCAUUGCUGGCUACCUGACGCUGGUCUUCUUUCUUGAUCCACCAUUGAUAGUGGAUCCGCACGAAAGUGAUGGUUUCUCCUCGUUGCUGAGCCUGGCGUUCCAACGCUUUUUGCCACUUGCCUUUGUGCUCUAUGUUCUUUGGAAAUGCUCGGUACGAAGAACGCUAAAGGACGGGUCGCCGUUGGCGAAGGUCUUGUGCUGGUUCCCGACAUUUUGGCUUGGUGUCAUGAAUAAUGUCACAUUUGAUAGACUACCAGUGGACAGGCUCACAAUUUCAGACUUGAAAGAGCAAGCAGGUGCCUUCGCAGCAGUUGGAUCAAUAAUAGUGACAAUCUUGUCCUGCGCGGUGGUUCAGGCAUACUCGCUUUGGAAGUCUGGAAGGUUCAGAAAAUAUCUAUGCAUUUACCUUACGUUCAUUGCAGGGCUUUUCAUACUGGCACAACUGCCCGGGCUGUCUCUGAGAAUACACCACUAUAUUUUGGGCAUCCUGCUUGUCCCCGGUUGCGCAACGAGAGGCACAUCCGCCUAUCUCUUCCAAGGAAUUCUUGUUGGACUUGUCCUUUCGGGCGUGAGCAGAUGGGAUUUUGCCAGCAUUGUUGAGACCAGAGCUGCACUACUGAGAGGUGAGGCUGGGAACUCAUGGGACCCGCCCACCUUCAAUUACACUCAAGAAUAUCCGAAUCUAAUCUCGUGGUAUUUUCCAAAUGGCACACACGAGCUAACCGACAGCUUAGAUGCUUACUCACUACUCAUAAAUGAUGUGGAGCGCUACGUGGGUAAGAAUACGUCCGUGAAUUUGGGAUUACUGAUACAAGAAGAUGCUGGGCUCGCCAGCUGGGCCAAUGCUUCGAUUUCCUCGAACGGAUUCGCUAAAUUGUACCUCAGAGUCGCCAGAGCCUCGCAGGACUCAGCACAAGAUAUUCAUGGCGACUAUACAAAUGCAGCACAACUGGAGUGGCCUCAGGGACAAUAUCAAGAACCAAAACCUGGUGUAUCGUGA